AUGGAGCGUCGUCAACGGUCAUCUUCGAGGGCAAGGGACGCUGAUGAGUUCCUAGCUACGGAGAACGAGACAUCGGAUGAAAGGUUGGAUCAGUUGAUCCAGGAGGAAGGAAGAGGAGAACCAGCUGUGAGGUCGGUGAGGAUCUCUGCGAGGGCUGAUGCUCCACCUGCUCGAGGAGAAGGUCAACCAACUGGAGAUGAAACCCAAGAGACCGGAGCUGUAGUGCCAGCAGAGGGUACUGUGGCGAUGGAUGAGGGGAAUCGAAGGUUGAUGGAGGGCCUGUCGCCUGAGCAACAAGGCGUUCUAGCGAGGGCUGCUGAGGCUCUACGCGCUGGACAAGCCCUACAAAUAGCGGAUGGGGUGAGGCGACCUGAGUUCUUGCCGCCGCCGCUGCAACUGGGUGAUGUAUCUGUACUAGCAGGACAUCAAGAUGGAGCCGGAACUGCUCGAAUCUUGUUCUACGACCUCUUGAUCUACCACCUCAAGGUCAACCAGUCGCUCUUCAACCACUCGGGGGACAUCGUCAACGUUCUGAACUUGCUCUACAAGAUCCUGGUGUACAACGAGUAG